UGUUGUGAAAUGGGUGAGAUGGUUGUGGUUAGUUAAGAAAGUUGAAAACCUAUGAUGUGAAGUGGGUUUUUCAUUGUAAAUAUCGAAACCCACUUCCGCUCGAACACUCCUUAAAAAAUUUUAGCUAUUGCCGUUGGCUUCCUUGGCUUUUGUGUUUCAUUUUCUUGAUUUACUAUCAGCUUUCUUCGAUCCCAUCGCCGCCAUUUCUCCUACAAAUUUCCGCCCCCUCGCUUGCCCUCUCCAUUAUUUUUUCAUCUGGUUUUUACAUCUUGGUUUUGUGCCAAAUUUAUCAACAAUGGCUUCCUUCUCGGUUCCAUGCCCUAAGAACUCUUUGGUUGCUCGCGUUGGAUCCAAUGCUACAAACCCACAUCCUAAGUCCACCAUUUCUUUUACUUCUCGUGCUUCCAAUCUUCUUGGAUUUCAGUGGCCUGACAGGAAGCAAUCUCUUGUUAUAAAGGUGCAGGCACAGCUAAAUGAGGCCAUCUUCGAGAAGUCUUCAAAUUCUGCGCCAGUGCUGGACACUAACUCCAAAGCUACGUCACCUGAGAAGAAAGAUGAGCCUGCAGAAAAUAUUCAGGACGCAUCAUCAGUUUUGGCAUUCAUGACGCAAGUGUCAGACCUUGUCAAGCUUGUGGAUUCAAGAGACAUCACAGAGCUCCAACUGAAGCAAUUAGAUUGUGAGCUCAUAAUAAGGAAAAAAGAGGCUUUGCAACCACCACCAGCGGCAGCUCCUGUCACAUUUGUCCAACCUCAUUACCAAAAUCCCACACUUCCAUCUCCACCGCCAGCAGCUCCUGCUUCUCCCCCUCCAAGUUCCACUCCUCCAGCUCCUGUGCUUGCCUUACCUUCCCCUGCAAAGACAAGUACUUCAUCUCAUGCACCGCUGAAAUGCCCUAUGGCAGGAACCUUUUAUCGAUCUCCAGCACCUGGUGAACCUCCAUUUGUGAAGGUAGGAGAUAGAGUGCAGAAAGGACAGGUCGUUUGCAUUAUCGAGGCGAUGAAACUAAUGAAUGAAAUUGAGGCUGAUCAGUCUGGAACCAUAGCUGAGAUUUUGGUAGAAGAUGGGAAACCAGUUAGUGUGGACAUGCCUUUAUUUGUGAUUGCACCAUGAACCUCUUACAAGGAUCAGUAUACUUAGCAGCAGCCAGUAAUUGCAGAGAAGUAACUUAAAGAAGUUGCAAUUUGUAGACACUUUUUGAUUUUUGACUGUAAUGUUUUAAACGAAUAAUUGUUCUA